AUGAAUUCUUAAGUAAUACAUAAAAAAGCAGAAUCUGAUAAAUUGAAUUGGUCUAAUCUAAGGAAAAAGAUAAUAAAGAAAUAUCCUCAAUAUAAAGUAAUUAUUGAUGCCAAUUCAAACUGUUUUUCAAAAUUAGACUUUUCUAAAAAAGAGAAUUAAAUAAAAGUCAUUAAUAUGAUUAUAGAAAAACAAUAAUAAGCACUGUAAUAAAUUUUUACAGAAGAACUUGAAACAUAGUAAAAAGAAACAUAAAAGUAAAUGCAAAAAUUAGUUGGGAUUAUUGCAAAAAAAAAGAAUGCAGAAACAUAGAAAAAACUUGAUUAAAAAAAAAAAGAGUAGCAAAAAGAAUAGCAAAAAGGAAAUUAAAAUAAAAACUUUAUAGCCCCAGUAAAAAUUCAAUAAAAAGUUUCUGAUAAGAUAGAAGCUUGGAAUACAAUUGAUGAAUCUUAAAGUUUUAUUCAUGAUUAUUAAGAUUGCACUUAAGAAAAGUUUUAUAUUACAUAAGAUGUUUAAGCUCCUUAAGAAAAUGAAGAAAUAAAAUAAAAUUAAAAUAAGCCUUAAUCAAUUCUUUCUUAAAAGAAAAAAAAACAAAAAAAACACAAAUCUUGUGGGGUCAAAGAAAAAAGUGUAAGAUUUUAAGAUGAUUCUAACUAAACCAACAUUUAAUAAGUUGAGAGUUAAAAAAGUAAAAAUAAAGAAUUUCAAUAUGAAUAAGAAACUUUGGAAAAUGAAGAUAUGAAAUAAAUGUUAUAAACAAAUUCUAAAGAUAGUGAAGAUUUAGAUGAUGAAGAAGAAAAUUAAUAAAGUGAUGAUGGAGAUAAUGAAGAAGAUGAAGAGAAUGAAAAUGAAGAGAAAGAGGAAGAGGAAGAGGAAGAAGAUAAUGAAGAGGAAGAAGAUAAUGAAGAUGAAGAAGAUAAUGAAGAUGAAGAAGAUAAUGAAGAUGAAGAAGAAGAAAAUGAAGAUGAUGAUGAAGAGAAUGAGGAAGAAAUAGAAGAAGAUGAAGAAUAAGAAGAAUAAGAAGAAUAAGAUAAUGAUGAAAAUGAAGAUGAAGAUGAUAAUGAAGAUGAUAAUGAAGAAGACUAAGAUGAUAAUUUUGACGAUUAAGAUUCCUAAAAUAUAAAAGAAAUAGAAAAACAAAAAAAUUUAUUAAAAUUAAAAGAAAAAGCUUUAAAGAAAAAAUGUUGA